AUGGCUACCGGGAAGUCGCGUCCAAUGCCCUUGGGGACCGGCAAUACGAGCACUCGUGCUCCUACUCCCACAAAUAGAAUCAGAGCGUCCCAUCGAAACACAGUAUCUCUACUGUUAACGAGGGAUGAAAUUAUGCAGCAAGAGUACGAUGUCAAGAAUAAUGAAAGCAGCAUCACUUUUCUAGAGAAGUCCCCCUUCCGUCAUCCAGGCGAGCCAAUGUCAAACGAAAGCCUUAUACUCACAAUCCUUCACAUCACCCAAUACACAGGAAUCCCUCGCACAGCCAUAGAAGGACUUAGAGCCGUCGCAAUACUCUUAGAAGACAACCUCACGAACAGCCCAUCACAAACGCCAUCAUCAACCACCAAGCAACUAGCCGACUCCCUUACGACAUCACUCUCGGCUCAAAUCGUAGCUGACCUCUCGUCUAGUGAUGUUCCGGCCCGGCUUCAAGCCCCGGGCCAGCCAAAGCCGGGCCAGAUUGAGCCAGGCCAAGCCCAGGCCCAGGUGACGGCCUGA